CAGGAAGUGGUGAAUAACAGAAAGCAAACCCCUGUCUAAACUUUCAUACAGUCCUCAUCAGGGUAGCGAACAGUCACGUCUUUAUCCAGCCACUUCACCUAACAAAUGACUCUUCAGUGGACUGCAGUUGCCACCUUCCUGUAUGUGGAGAUUGGGAUCCUUCUUCUCCUCUGCAUCCCUUUCAUCUCUGCUACAAGAUGGCAAAGCAUUUUCAAGCUAAAAAUAUGGGACAAACUCUCACCUUUCUGGAACAAAGGCUUCCUCACCAUGAUAAUAGUCCUCAUCGUACUCUUUCUAGAUGCUUUGAGAGAGGUAAAGAAGUACUCUGGCGCAGAGACUGGUAAAGAUGCCAAACUGAACCCCAACAUGUACGACCAUAUGCACAUGAAGCUGUUCAGAGCCCAGAGGAAUCUCUACAUCUCCGGCUUCUCACUCUUCCUCUGGCUAGUCAUGAGGCGUGUCAUCACCCUGAUCAACCAGCUGGCCACUGCCAAGAACACCACCGGAGCACUGCAGGCCCAGGCGGAGAGUGCCAACCAGGCAGCGAAGAAAUACAUGGAGGAUAACGAGGUCCUGAAGAAGGCCCUGGAAGAGGGAGACGGAGACAAGGCAACUGUUGAGGGAAAUGAGCUGUUGAGGGAAGAGCUGAAGAAACUGAAAGAGAACCUGACGAACUCAGAGGAUGAAUUAAAGAAGUCCAAGUCUGACCUGGAGGCUAUGAAGGUGCAAAGUGGUGGCCUGACCAGAGAGUACGACCGCCUGCUAUCGGAGCACCAGACACUGCAGAAUCAAAAUCAAAGUGGAGAUAAGAAGGACGACUAGGAUCUUUCAGUGUUGUGUAGUAUUAUUCCAAAACACCAGGCAACUAUCGUCGUGCACCAGCGCCUGUCUUCUCCAUCAGCCUAUAUCAGAGCACUGCAUGCAACCAAAAAUGUGACACCACCCCUCACCAUGCAGGCGGUAGUGUGGACAACGCAUGUUUUCACCAGGUUUGACUUGGCAUCUGUGCACCUAUCCAGAUGUUUUACCUACAGUAUGUCAUGUGCGAGGAGCUGGCACAUACUGUACUGUUCACACCAUCUGAAACAGGCUCCUUUUAGACCUACCCAUCGGCAAUUGAUUAUGACUACUGUAGGUAGUCAGGUAUUUACAAGACAACAAAUAGACAAAACCUUUGACAAAUUGCUUGUAUUUUGAAGUGAUGGCACAGUUUAUAAUCGGUCAAAGAACCCAAAUCAUUUGAAACCAAAUCUAGUGUCAGUUGAAGCCUAAUGUCAUUGGCUUCAGUACAUGCGAGAAGCCAAUCAGCAUCACUGUUAGGUGGGGGAGGGAUGUGUUUUAGGGGUGCAAAAACCAUGCUGUCUUAUGCUUUCGUUUCUCUGACCACAUUCAGGGACUUCCUUCCUUUUUCAGAGAUACUGUAGAAUGUCAUGGUGACAAAAAAAAAAAAAAAUGAUUGAGGUUGAUUGUACCGAUGUGUUUGUUUUUUCCACUUUUAAGUCUUAAGUGUUCCACCCAGGCCUCAUUUGUUGUGUGUUAUUAUGGCCCAGUUUUUGCGUGUGUUCGUUUAAUAUGAAGUUAACGUUCUUGUGAUUUCUUUCCUUUUUUUAAAAAGCCACUGUGUUCAUGUGUGGUUAAAGAGUGGGGCACAUUGCAUAUUUGACACAGUCCCACAUUAAAGCAGCUCAGAGAAGAAGCUAUUCAUAAAGACACUGAGAGCCGUCACUGUGUAGCUAUCAGUGCCCAUGGAGCCAUACCUCAUCGAUAUCAGCAGUGUAGAGGGUAGGUGGGUGUGCCACUGAUGCCCCCCCCCCCCCCCCCUCUCUGUUUGAUUGCACAGCUUAGGAAGAGUGUGCCAUGCAGUUGUUCCCCGUGCCAUUGGCAUGGAUUAGAGGCAGUUCAUCUGUAGACAUUUCAGAUUUAAAGGGACACUUCCCCGAUUAGCAUUAAGCUUUGUAUCUUUAGAAAACCAGUCAUGUUUUCGAAUGGUCGUGCAUCAUUCCCUCAGUUUGCCUUGAGAUGGGAGAAAUACGGAUUUCAAUGUUGGACUUCCUGCUUUCAAUGAUGUAAAAAUCAUAAUUUUACAUCAUUUAAAGCAGGAAGUCCUAUUCAUGGGUUUCAUUGAAAUCCGUA